AUGCUCGUCUACAUCUGGUACUGUAAUGUUCGUGUUCACAGAAUUCUCGACAAAACUUUGAUUAUCCCUUCCAAAUACACCCUACAAACUAGAUUUCAAGCUAAAGAGAAUAUGAGGAGCUUUCAUUUCACCAAGUACUCAUUCCUACUUAUCACAACUGUUAUGGUACUCCAAUACUGUUUAAUUAUGUUCAUGUCAACUGGCUACCUCAGAAAAUAUGAAAUUAUUAUAAAUUAUACAAUGGAAUUAUGCGAUUUUACUCACCCUAUCCUUCUUAUUCCGAUAAUGAUGGUGUCGGUGCCUGUCUGGCGGAGACGAUUUUUUGUGCAUUUAAAGUUUGUUCCGGGUGUUGAAAAGUUUGUGUUGAAAAAUAAUAGCGAAGUGGCUCAAAGUCAGACGCCGAAGUUGGAGACGGAAGAGUACUUCAGUCAGUUCAAGAUGGCAUGGGGAUGA